GGAAAUGGGUCUUUCUUUUCGCAUGGGCAUUAUUUGCUCCGUUCCGGGCUGGGUUGCUGAGACGGGUGCGUUUGGAUGAGAAAGAUGGGAGGAGAGCUGCGUAACGUGAUGUCUACUCCCAGUUCCACGUUGAUUUCUUGUAAACAUUCUUGUACUUCUGACCUCUGGUUCCCAAAAUGCUUCACAAAUCUGCAGUAAUAUAAUUCCAUGAAAAGCCGGUUUGACCUCAUUCUUCUAAAAAAUCAUCAUCAAACAGUGGUUCACAUGUACAUUGUACAUGUACAUUGACAAUGGACCUGGGUAAAGAGAAAUGUUUUGUCCAAGGGCAAAAAAACAUGGGCUCAGUGUGUGUGUAUGUGUGGUUUAAUUCCUCAUCUUUUGUCCAUUCCGUUGGCUAUUUUUGUCCAUUCCAUUGGCUAUUUUCCAUUAACUACAUUGGGUGCUCCAAAACUCCAGAAUUAAGGGAGAGCAAGGAAUUCUUUUUUAGUUUCCUGAUCCAGACCAUAAAGCAGUGUAAGUUUCAUAGGAAGUGUUUUGAACUAAGGUGCUGUGUGGUUUCCGGGCUGUAUGGCCGUGUUUCUCAGUGAUUCCAGCUGUGAAAGCCUUCGACAAUACAUUGUUUUGAACUAGCUCCAGCAAUGGAUCAACAGCCAGUGGGGCUUUGCUGGUAGUCCUUGAAAUGUCUACAAGUCAGCUCCAUGUGGAAUACAUUUCAGUAAUCAAGCCCUAUGACAGACAGAUUCUGAUGAUGUUUGAGCUGGGUUUGAGCUGACCGAGAAAGGGAUCUUGUGGUCAGAUGGAUAAAUGAAUGAUAUUGAUGCAGUGCACAGCAGCAGGGGAAAAGAUAAAUUCCAUCCCAGGAAAGGGGUUUAACAUGAGGCAGCUGGUAUCAGAACACUUUUAUAUAAAUCUCUGGUGCAACAUCUCUUUGCAGAGCUAUAUCUAAAAGGACGUUGUAGAGCUAGAAGAGAUAAGAGGUGUAAAGGCCUGAGUUUUUUCUUUAACAGUUUUCCCCCCUGACUUUCCCCAUGGGAAAAUUGAGACAAUUGAGACAGUGCUGAAAAAAGUUUUUUUUUUCUUUUUAAAUGAGUGAAAUGUGCUAAGAUAGCACUUUGCACUUCUUUCUUGUGCAUUCAAUAGCCCUUUCUGCACAAACAUUUAAAACCUUCUGAGACAGGAAAUAAAACAUUUCCUCCGUGGAGUUCUGCAUGCCCUUCCCCCCAUGUUCCAAAAAUGUUUUAUUUCCAGCCUCAAAAUGUUUGAAAUGAAUUCCCUUUUAUAAUGAUUUUUGAGUCUGAAACGUUUUCAAAAUGCCUUCUCCUUGCUGUGCAGUCAAAUAUUCAUUGUUUUAUUUCUCCCACCCAAAUUUGCAGCUACAUGCCCCUCUUCCUAUUCUGCUGUUUUCAGUUUUCUGGCUCACCCGUGUUUUCUGUAAUUUCCUAGUCACGUUUUCUCAUCUGCCAUUUCCUUCAUUGAUCUGCAGUAUUACAUUCAUUAUUGCCUGCCUGUAAAACAAAUGUGCCAUUUUCUUUCUUUUUUUAAAUCAUCUGUUGUGGGAACAAUGAUUUGUAGAUGCCAACAAAUGAUGUCUCAGUGGGCCAAGUAUUUGUGGGGACUGGGAAAUGAUUCUCACUGUCAAUGUUAUAUUCUUUUCAUUACAGCUAUUGCUAUUGUUAAUACCAUUAAUGUUAUUUAGGAUAAGCUGUGGGAAAUUCUUUGCAUUUUGAAAGUACUGUACUGUAGUGGAAAAAAGGAGGGGGGGGAUUGUUUGGGCCAAUCAAGUGUGACUUUACAAGUCACCCCCGAUAGAAACUCUUAUCUGAGGGCUGGAACUAUGACUUUGUUGGGAAUUUGCCACAGCAGAGCAGCCAUUUUAUUCUUUUUCCUUGUAGGUGGUUAGGUGUUCGGAGUGGGAGUUGAGAAGAUGGCAAAUAGUGGUAAGCCUGUUGGACGAGGGGUAGUAUGGAGGGAGCGGGAGAUAUUAGACCUCCUUUCUAUCUGGGGGGAAGAGGCAGUCCAGGAGGCUUUGGCUAACAAAAAUAGAAAUAUAGAGAUUUAUGACUAUGUGGCGAAACAGAUGGCUGCACUUGGACACAGGAGGAGUGCUGUGGAGUGCCGCACUAAAACAAAGGCCAUGAGAUACAACUACAAACGUGUGUUGGCCCAUAACAUGUCUGGGAAUGUGCGAGCAAGCUGCCCUUUUUACGGGGAGUUGGAUCGGAUCCUUGGGGGGGUUGCAUGUAUUAGAUCACCCCGAGUGGCUAAGAGUUUAAACCUGCAAGUGCAAGUUAAUCCACCCAGCAACCAAGAAUGCACUCCAGGAUCAGAAGAGCUAUUCUCACAUGAUCUGGAAACAAUUAAACAGGAGGACAUAUGCCAUUCCACACCCUUGGACUCAGGUGAAUCCUCAAGUGCUUGGUCCCAAGACCCUGAUGAGAUCACAGUUAAGAUAGAGGAAGGGGUCCCAUCAGAUAUUGGUGAAACUGGUAUCCAAAGAUACCAGGAUGUGGGCAACAGCACAACUGAGCAACAAGAUCAGGAGGUUACUCCUAACACAGAGCAAGACAAUAUCCCCAAUGCUGCAGAGGUGGCUCCUGAGCGCAGAUUGUCAGCAUCAAGAAAUCGCAAAAGGCGAGUCUCUGUGCUCUCCGAUGUGGCCCGGCAAAUGUUGCGCCAGUCUGCUCUUGAUGCUGAGAGAUCAGAACAGCUGCAAAAAGAGAUCCUUGUGGAGGAGAGGCGCCGCCAUCAAGAGACAUUGGCGAAGGAAAGAAAUCGUCAUCAGCAGAAAAUUUUAGAAGAGAAUCGUAGAUUUGAAGCAUUGCUUGAGGAAGGCAGACUGGGAAGAGAGGCAUUUCAGCAUGCUAUGGACAGAAGCUACAACCUGAUGUUUGAAGCUGUAGAUGCUAUAAAAACCAUGACUGAGUUGAUGGUGUUGAAGCAUUCAGGGGAGACAUCACAAGUGGGUAAUGUUAAUGUACAGCAAGAAAACACCAGUUGUAACCCUGAGCCAUCAAAACCCUCUGACUCCAAUUGCCCUGAAAACAUCCCUGAAACUCCCACCAGACACAAACGACCUAGACGGACAAUUGAUCGACUGGAUGUGUGAGACAUCAAGAGUCAUUUCCCCCAAAACAAUUACCCAGCUCCAUGCAGUGUUAAAAUAUUCCUCAUUUUUUGUUUAUGAUUACUCCUCUAUGCUUUGUGUAUGAUUU